GUCAAGCCUCUAUGUUCGUGUUAUGUAACGUUUGCAAGUCACGCCAUAAAAAGAUAAUCUGUCCUGCGUCGUGUGGUAAGAAGGAAACUUGAACUGGCGGUUGGGCGUGUUGGGUGUGUCUGUUCCAGAGCUAGCCAGUCAGGGCUUGGGCUGACUUUUUCCUGUGCUUGCAGCUGGGGAACUGUGAUUUUAGCACACUGCUGGUUCAACUUUACUGGUGCUACAACAGGAAGCAUUGGAUUAGGAGGUGAACUCUUCAGUGGUUUGCAUUUUUAAGAGAAAAUGUCAUGGUACAGAAAUUCUGUUUUCAUCCUGAAAGGCCUGAAAGACUAUACAAAAUCAGGUUAUGCCAGUGCCAGUAAGCAGUUUUGUGAGAAAGAUCUGGAUGUUGAUUGCAAUGGCAAGUCCUUCAUGAUCACUGGAGCUAACAGCGGCAUUGGCAAAUCUCUGGCAAUCUCCAUUGCCAAACUUGGAGGAACAAUCCACAUGGUUUGCAGAAACCCAAAAUAUGCUGAUGAUGCCAUGCAGGAGAUCAAAAAUACAACUGGGAAUCCAAAUGUUCAUGUCCAUCUCCUGGACAUGUCGGAACCAACGAGCAUAGCAAAGUUUGCAAAGAAGUUCAUUGAGGAACAUGAGUCACUGAAUGUUCUGAUCAACAAUGCAGGAUGCAUGGUGAAUGAUCGGCAAGUCACUGAAGAUGGUUUGGAGAAGAACUUUGCAACAAACACUCUUGGAGUGCAUAUGCUGACAAAGAGCUUGCUGCCUCUCUUGAAGAAGUCUAAAGAGCCUCGUGUAAUCAUGGUGGCAUCUGCAGGCAUGCUGACUCAGAAACUGAAUGUGGAUGAUCUACAGGCAGAGAAGAUGAAGCCAUUUGAUGGAACCAUGGUGUAUGCUCAGAACAAAAGGCAGCAUGUGAUCAUGACAGAAGAGUAUGCCAAAGAAUACCCAGAGGUUAAGUUCUUCUCCAUGCACCCAGGCUGGGCUGAUACUCCAGCUGUGCAGAACUCAAUGCCAGACUUCUACAACAAGAUGCAGGGCAAGUUCCGAACACCAGAAGAGGGUGCUGACACUGCUCUGUGGCUUGCUGUGUCAAAGGCUGCCCUAGAACAGCCAACUGGUGAGUUUUUCCAGGACAGGAAAGUGGUGUCUAAACAUCUGCCCCUGGCCUGCACACACAGCUCACAAGAGGAUCAUGACAAGCUGAUGAAAAUCCUGGAUGACUACUUCUCCCAAUUUUCUGAGUAGAGUAGUGAGCAAUGCUCAGGACUGCCUCCCUGUAGAGUGGAACUCUUGAAGUUAUGGUUUCAUACCACUUCACCUUGGUGUCUUCUGUCUCUGACUGCCUGCGGUUAUUCUCUCCAAUAGCUUCUUUAUUAACAUUUAUGCUUUGUUUUCAUGUUGAUGAAUCAGUGAAAUUAUCAUUUCCAAUGGUCAACAAUUUGAGCAGAUUUAUAGAGCUGAUAAAUGUUUGUAGGGGACUUGAAUUUGUCCAAAGAGCCCUAAUCAGCAACCUGAUUUAUUGUGUAACUUGUAAGUGUGCUUUUGUAGUUGGCAUGCCUAUGACAUGAUUGUGGUGAUCCUUGAUUUAAGUGUUAUUUGUAUCUAAAUGCAAAUCCUUUUUUCAGUCAGCAAUGUUUCUACUUAUAGAGGAGUGUUUAGGCACCUGCUUAGAGUAUACCCUGGGUGGCAAUUUACUCCUUAGUUUACCUACCUCUGAAUAUUUGUUUAUGGUAAAAUGGGUGACUUCUCCAGCUUGUCAAUCUUCAUUCAGUGUCUUGUUAUUAUCAUGGGUGUACCAGUGUAUCCACAGUGCUGCCUGGACAAAUGUGAAGUCUACUCUACCUAUUGGAUGGAGUAUUGCUACUGCACAUUUUACUACUUCAUGUCUCGUUAUAUGUGGAUGUUUAUUUGCAAUAAAAUAUCAAACCAAAAUCACAUGUUAAAACAUAUGAAGGAUAACUUACCUCACUGAAAGCUUACUUCUCUGUUCAGUGUUGAAUUUGUGGCUGGUAAUUUUACAUGACAGCCAGCCAACCCAUGAAUAAAAUGCUGAUCAAUCGCUGAUUGGGACUGAUCAGGUCUGCUC